AUGCUGGAGGGAGACGAGCAGUCGAAACAAGUCACGGUCAUCUCGUCAUUACCAUAUAACACCACCACCAACGGCAGCAGCAACAACAACGGGAGUAAUAGUCUACCGAGUUUAAAGUCUCAGCAACCUCAAGAAAGUCCCGUGCCUAGCCACUCCCAUGCGAACGUGAACCUGAACGUGAACCUGAAUCCGCACAGCCAUCACCGCCACCAUCAUCAUUACCACAAGUUUGUAAACCACCACCACCACACCAUGCCGCACCAUCACCAUCAUCAUCACCACCAUCAUCACCUGCAGCCGCGAGUGCUGCCUAACACCCACCCCCACCAUCACCACCCUGCUCAGCUACCUUUAGACCAGGCCCAGGAUGGAGGAACGUUGCCGGAGCCACAAGCUCUGGAUACACCACGAAGUGACGACAAGGCCGGUUUAAAGACGAUGAGGACGAGGAAGAGGAAGAGGACGAGGAACACGAGGCCACACACACCCAAGUUGAACACCGAGCCCAUCAAACAGCUAAUGGCGGAGAUGUUCCCGCACCGCAAGUUCCUAGGCUCAAUCAUAUACAACCCCACGACGCGAUGGUCGACGCUACAAACGGAAACGUUGUAUGGCCUCAAGCCCGAUUUGCAGCGACGGUUCGCUGAGUUGAAAACGCGGUAUAUCGAAAGGAGCAAAAAUAUGCCGGUGGUGGAGUUGGAGUUGGAGACGCGGUAUAUUCCGUAUUUGCCUCCUCUCAGUUCCGAGUACGUCAACUCGGUGGUGGAGAUCAUUAUCCCGUUUCGACACAUUGUUACUUUCAAGCAGGAUUUGCGCAAUGAGAUUCCGCAGUAUCGAAGAGAGGUCUGGGGCGGGGCCCUGGGUGUCUACACCGAUGACUCCGAUAUACUUUACGCCUUGAUGCAUUUGGGAUUCUUUGAUGAGGAGGAGGAGGAGGCGGCGGAGGGGGAAGAGGGAAACGGCGGUAAGUUUGACUUGCUGGUUUGGAAUCCGCUGUGGGAUCCCACCGUGGACUUGAUCAAGCCCAUACGCUCAUUCCAGCGUGCGCUGAGUUGCAGCUCCGACGACGAAGAAGAAGAAGAACAAAAUAACGGCGCAGGUGGUGCUGACGAGGGAGUCUACGGAGAUCUAAGCGUAGAGAUCCUCCUCUUGCCUCCAUUACCGCAAUACCACGGCUUUUGCCAGCACGGCAUCAACUCAAGAUCAUGGAACGUUGCGCCGGAAAAGACCACAAACCAGCAUUCGGGCUUGAGUUUUGCUGUCUACAACGUGAAAUGGACCACGCGCGGCAGCUAUUUGCAGAACCCGCUUUUCCAUCUGCUAGCUGCGACGGAGGCUGCUGAGGAAAACCACGAACGCGAUGAGCCUAUGGUGAAGACGACAAGGGGGUGGAAGUUUGAUUUGGACACCUAUAAACGGAUCAAGAAGAGUAGUGUUGAUGGGAACUGUAAGUAG